GGGUACUUAUGGGAUUUCUUUUAAAUUAACAUUACAGUUUGCCAUGUAAAAUAAUGUUGGUCAUUACAUUCAUUUCUAAUUUUCUUGUUUACUCCGCUGAAAGCUUUUAGAAUGUUGAUGUUGAAAGUUGAAUUUGUUUCAGGUUUGUAUACUCAUUUUUUGUGGGUUAUGGCAGCUUUUUUGUGAGGAUGACAUUGGAUUUUCGGGUUUUCUCAACACUCAUAAGCAUUUUAUUUCUGUUGCUUGAGAGGGCGUCCUUUACCUACUCUGCUCAGAGUGAUGUUGAUUGCCUCAGAGCUAUACAAAAUUCUUUGGAAGACCCUUUUAAUUACCUGAAAUCUUCUUGGAGUUUCAAUAACAAUACUGAAGGCUUUAUUUGUAAGUUUGAUGGGGUUGAUUGCUGGAAGCCAGACGAGAACAGGGUCCUGACUCUCCGGCUGAGUAGCAUGGGACUUAAGGGCGAGUUUCCUCUUGGUGUUGCAGGUUGUUCAUCCUUGACUGGCUUAGAUCUUUCUAAUAACGAGAUUUAUGGAAAUAUUCCGAAUAAUAUCUCUAAGAUACUAGGAUUUUCGACAAGCAUUGAUCUCUCAUCCAACCAGUUAUCCGGAGAGAUCCCUGUGGAUCUCGCAAAUUGCGCCUAUUCGAACGUCCUUGAACUUGACAACAACCAAUUGUCAGGUCAAAUCCCUGCUCAGAUUGGUCUACUCUAUCGACUGAAGACAUUUAACGUGUCUAACAACCGAUUGACCGGCCAAGUUCCACAAUUUAGAAAUGCUACUUUUCUGGCAGAUAGCUGUGCGAAUAAUACAGGACUAUGUGGCAAUCCUUUAUCCCUCCUUUGUGGUGGUUUUUCAAAGAAAAUUAAUAGUGCAGCCAUUGUAGGGGGGCUUUUGUAGGCUUCGCUGUUGGGAUUGGCAUUUGCAUUUGCAUAGGCACGCUCUUCUAUUUGCGUAAGGCGUCCAGAAAGAAGAAGGAUGAAGAUCCUAUGGGCAACAAAUGGGCAAAGAGAAUCAAGGAUGCCAAAGCCAUCAAGGCAAGAUACAUUUACAUUUUAGCCUCCGUUUGGCCCCCAUUUUUUGGAAAUGAAAA